AUGAGUAAAAGAAGGUUUUACGAACUUUUACAAGCUUUACGGUUUGAUAAUGAUGACAGAAAAGACUGCCUAAAGACCUAUAACCUAGCUCCUAUCAUAUUUCUGUUUGACGAUUUUGUAGGACGAUGCACGGCAAACUAUCAAGUGAUGGAAUAUGUCACUAUUGACGAAAUGCUUGAUGCCUUUAGAGGCCGUUGUAUGUUCCGCCAGUAUAUAUCUAAUAAACCGGCAAAAUAUGGCAUUAAAAUUUAUGCGAUGGUAGAUGCUCGUACUUUCUAUACCUCCAAUUUAGAAAUAUAUGCCGGCAAACAAGCGGAUGGCCCAUUCAACGUGAUAAUAAAGCAGCGUCUGUUAUCAAGCGAUUAG